ACAUCCAGUAUUAAGAUGAUUUUAACUCAAAUAUGAGUCUAUAAUACUUAAUAAUAGUAAACAUAAUAAAAGUAGCUUAAUGUUAGUGAAAUCUAUUAACUACGCAUCUUUUUAGGCCUACCAGAUAUGGGUUUCAUGUCAUAAAAUAUUUAAUAAGACUGAAUUUAUAUUUAGCAUAUUCAAAUUUUAAUAAAACAUUGUAAUUUAUUAAGUAUUUCAUAUUCUUCUAUUUCCACAGUUACUAAACCAGUGAUUAAAUCAUACUGCAAGUGAACGGAGAACAUUCACAUUAGCGGUCAGGUUAUUUUUGACUUCAGUCUAGUGUGUUUAAACACUCUCAAAGAACUCCUGUUAUUAUCAGUUCAGCCGUCUUCACUGUCAAAGGGAUCUCCUCUACUUCACACAGACAUCUGCACUUUGUUGUUUCUGAUGAGAGAAUUCACCAGAGAGCAGAAUUCAGUCACAGAUCAAAACUCCAGCAUUUCAGUCAGUGCCGACUCAUCUGAACACCUCUGAUUGGCCCCAGCAGUCAUAAACUCAAAACUGUGUGUAACUGAUUUACAACUGAUUGUAAAAUUAUGUAAGAUGCAAUAUGAGCAGGUCAAUCAGGGUGCUCAUGAUAUGCACAGUUUAUAAAGCCAGACACCUGAAGAUCCCACUCGUAUUGGAGUUAAAAGCAUCUUAAUGCUGGAUUUGUUUCAGCUUUUGUCUUCUCCAGAUGUUAUCUGAUGGAAUGGUGUUUUUAUCAGCUGUUUGGACUCUUAUACUGACGUCACCCAUUCACUGGGGUGAGCCACAUGGCUUGAGGGUCAGUGCGCUCCGCUGCUGUCUCCUGCGGUCGGGACUCUGAAGCUGGUGUCCGGUGAUGGGACGAGCGUGGGCAGCGUGAUGAGCCUCCAGUGCCCCUCCAGACACAGAGCGGUCAGCGGUGGUCAGAUGACCUGUGUGUGGGGCAGUGAUGAGACUCACUGGAGCGGAGGGACUCCAGAGUGUAAACCUUUGUCUCGGUUCGAGGAUAAUGGCUUUCGUUUAGCUCUUCUUGUGUCCUUCAUCAGCUCAGCCAUCAUCCUCUUCAUGUGCAUCUUCUUCAUCACUUCCUGUCUGGUGAGACAUGUGAAACGAGAGGAGAGGAGAAAGAUGGAGAGGGAAAGAAAAAAUGGAGCGUUUUGCCAACAAAUGGACGGUGUGGAGCUGCAGAGAGAGGGUUUACACAACCAGAAAACCAACAACAACAACAACAACACAGGAGGAGAGAGACAGCACACAGACAAGCUCUUCUACAGCCAUGGAGACCUCCACACUCACUGCAGGUGUCUUCAGGAAGGGAGGCCAUGUCCUCUGAACAUCCAUCCAUCCCCGUUCUCUCUGGUGUUCACUCCACCCACUGAGUACCUCAUAAACACACACAUCGGCCCCGCAGACACACGCUGUGUGUUCCCUCUCCCUCACAGACACUUCUGCAGGCCGCUCCGAGACCCACUCUGGACUGGACAGCACCACCUUACCCCACAUCAGCCACCUGCCCAGAUGAUGUCUGUAUGAGGAAGACUCUGGAGGACUGGUGUAAUAAUGAAACAAUCUGGGACUAGUGACACAAGAGACAAGACUUUUUUCAUGUGUCGUUUAUGGGUUUGUUAUGUAGAUAACUGAGUGUGAUUCAAACUGUAUUUUAUAUUUUAUUGCACUUAACAUGCUAUUGCACUUGAUACUGGCCACAACAUCAGUUUAUAGUUUUGCAGUACAGUAUGUAACGGGUAACAUUAAAUAUUUAUAAAUGUUAUAAUGACGGCAGCAUUCCUGGCUGUUUAAAUAUGCCUCAUGCCCUUGACAUUAAGAAUGUAGACAUUGCAGGGCUCAUGUGAGGUGAACAUAAUCAGAAGGGACUCCAGACGGAUUCAUGUAUGACACACAACAUGGACGUUCAUGCUUGACAUACUGUCACUGGUCACUGCCCCUGGUAAAGUCAUACUUUACCAAACAGUGACAUGUUUCUUUACACUUAUCUGUUCAUAUAAAAGCUAUUUAAUUCUUUUAAUUAUUGAAAAUAAUCAACCAACACAGAAUUCUCUCAUUUACUACGUUAAGACAUUGUUUAUAGAUGCUUUCUGGAUGAACACUUGAAAUAAUCAUAUCUUUAUGGAAAUAAAGUCUCAGCUGGGGAGAUUUUGUUGUUAUUGCACUCAAACUAAAAACCAAAGCAAGCUUCAUAAUGUGGACAUUUCUGCUCAUUAUUCUUCAAGCAUAUGUUGACUACAUAUAUAUGACAGUACCAUGUUACAGUGAUGAUGAUGGAUGGUAAUGAUGAUCAAUCAACUACAGUACCUGAAACUAUAUCACAUUGUCCUAAUGAUUUAACCAUGGUACUUUUAUUUCUUUUGCUAGUGUCUGUGCCUUUGGAUAUAAUGUGCAAAUAAAAACCACAAAUACAAUGCAAAA